CGCUUGGGGACAAGGUUGUCUCGGUGUACUUGGAAAAAAAACCGAUAUUUAAUCGGGCUACAAGUAUACGCGAUUGCUGUCGGACGAUUGUUGCAUUGCGCGGUCAUUGCUUUCCAAAUGUGAUCUUUCGGAAAAAGUGCACACGAGAGACAUACACUUCCUAUUCCUGGACGAACGUGGAGUGUCGAUGCGUUUCAACUUGAUGUACUAAGCCCGAUAAUAUUUCCAUGUGGCUCGAGCAGUGUUGAAAAUGGGGAAGAAAAGAAAUAUUCAACCGCCAAUAAUGCCGGGACGGAUCAAAGUGGAGAUAAAAGACGAGAUAGGGGAUAGCGAUGUUCUUGUAGCGAGGGAUCGACUGAAGGGUGCUCUUCGAGAAUUGUUACAGCACAGUGACACCGGUUCGUCGGCGGAAUCGGACGACAGCCCCAUCUCGGACUAUAAACAUCCCAUGAAAAAGAUGACAAAAUCCGUGAACGUCCAACAAGCCAAGAAAGUCAGACGCCGCCGGCCGAUACAAAGUGAUCUGGCGUUUCAUCACACGUACGUGAUGAAAUUAUUUGACCGCAGUGUUGAUUUAGCUCAAUUUCAAGAGGAUACGCCACUCUAUCCGAUAUGCCGCGCUUGGAUGGCCAAUCAACCGAGGAAUCCCCAUUUGGUCCCUAAGAUACGUAGUCCAAGUCCAGAAAUAAUUAACGAAGUUAGCAUGGCAGAUAAUUUAAUUGGCGCUGACGGCGAGAUAAAUGACGUCCAUUAUUUACCACCUCCUUUGCCUCGUGAAGAAGCCAUACCAAGAAAUCGCGUUCCGUCCCCUAUACUCGGAGAGAAAGAUGAUUUGAACUUAGAUUACGAGGGACAAACUCUCAAAACGCAGGAGCAAUUAAUGAAAGAUCAUACCGAACGGUGGAAUGCUAUACGCAAAAAGUGGCAUCAGCAGGCGCAUAAAAACGAGCAACGUUAUUUACAGAGCGCUACUAUACUUGGCACCAUUUUUACAAAGGCACAGUCAGAGUUUGAAUAGCAGAAAUGUGGCAGUCCAGUGACUGCCGGUUCUUCCGCCGCUGACAAGUCUACUCCUGGUAAUUUCUAUUAUGUCAUCAGGGAAUAAUUUCUUAUUUUCUAUUUUUCUACACAUCUUCGUUGGUGAGUGAACGCAUACAUGCAGAUGUAAUUAUAUCUUAUAUGAAUGCAAUUUUUUUUUAUUUAUAAUGCCCAGAAGAAAAAUGUAAUCAUGUUUUGGUAUGCUAUUUUAAUGAUAACAAAUUGUCUACUCUUAACACAAAGGGAAAUUGUGACGCACUUGUAACUUUUCUUUUAAUAAAAAAUAAUGGAAUAUAAUAA